AGUCUGAGGUCUACGAGGCGGCGGCCGGAGACGCGGUGGCCGUAGCACCGGCGCCGGCUGCCGUGGAACCCACCGAGUUGGAUUUCCGAGCGGGUGAAGGCCACCACCUGCAGCACAUCACGACCGGGAGAUGCCCGAAGACUUAGCUUUGGAAUCAAACCCUUCUGACCACCCAAGGGCAAGCACAAUUUUCCUGAGCAAAUCUCAAACUGACGAGCACAUGAGUGCGAGAAAGAGGAAGAGCAACCAUUUAAACCAUGUAUCUCCAGGGCAGCUUACUAAAAAGUAUAGCUCAUGCCCAACCAUAUUUCUAGAUGACAGCACAGUCAGCCAGCCUAAUCUUAGAACCACAAUAAAAUGUGUGAUCUUAGCAAUAUAUUACCACAUAAAGGACAGAGAUGCCAAUAGGUCCUUGGACAUUUUUGAUGAGAGAUCACAUCCACUCACACGAGAAAGGGUUCCGGAGGAGUACUUUAAGCAUGAUCCUGAACACAAAUUCAUUUACAGAUUUGUUCAUACUCUUUUCAGUGCCGCCCAGCUGACUGCUGAAUGUGCAAUAGUGACUUUGGUUUACUUAGAAAGGCUUUUAACUUAUGCUGAGAUCGACAUUUGCCCCACUAACUGGAAAAGAAUUGUUUUGGGAGCCAUUUUUCUUGCCUCCAAGGUUUGGGACGAUCAGGCUGUUUGGAAUGUGGACUACUGCCAGAUCCUAAAGGACAUUACAGUUGAGGACAUGAAUGAGAUGGAAAGGCACUUUCUGGAGCUCCUUCAGUUUAAUAUUAAUGUUUCCGCCAGUGUUUAUGCCAAAUACUACUUUGACCUUUGCUCCUUAGCAGAUGACAACAACCUGAGUUUUCUAAUUGCUCCUCUUAGCAAAGAAAGAGCACAGAGCCUAGAGGCCAUCUCCAGACUGUGUGAAGACAAAUACAAAGACUUGGGCAGAGUUGCUGUGAGAAGGUCUUUCAGCGCUGAUAAUUUCAUUGGUAUUCAGCACUCCAAUGCCAUCCUCUCAUGAACAGAGAGAGGUGAGGGGUUGUAACAUCAUGAACCUCUCGUAACAAGGACUGGA